AUGGCACACCAAGGCGACCCAAACAUCUCUGCGCCGUCUCCUACAUCGCCAACCACAAACAACAAUGGAGCAGCCACAGAAUCUCGUACACCCCUGGUCGACCCAACCAUCUAUCCCGGCAAGUCGCGCUCCAUCUCGUCAAUCGCAUUGCACGCUCUGUGCCUAGGUCUUACCCUCUCAGCCUGCAGCAUUGGUACCAUCCUGCUCGCCCAAUCCGGCNNUUUUCGUCUCUGGCGACUCACAGAGUUCAUCGCUACACUGUCCCUCUUCCACUUUCUCGAGUUCUGGACGACCGCCCGCUACAACACGUCCAACGCGAAAGUGUCCUCAUAUCUCCUCACCUCCAAUGGNGGUUCCUACCUCGCCGCCCAUGUCGCCGCAAUGAUCGAAAUCGUCGUUACUUCGCUCUUCUUCCCCAAUCUGCAGGAUCGCUACAGUAAUAUCUAUACCGUUGGCGCAGGACUGGCAUUGGUGGUUAUGGGACAGGUUGUUCGCAGUAUUGCCAUGGCGCAGGCGGGUGUCAAUUUCAAUCAUAUCCCUGCGAAGAGCAAGAAGAAUGACCAUGUGCUUGUCACCGAGGGCCUAUACUCUUAUUUCCGCCAUCCCAGCUACUUUGGCUACUUUUUCUUUGCCGUGGGCACGCAGAUUGUGGUGGGCAACAAGGUUUGCUGUGUUUCUUAUUUGAUUAUCCUGUGGUUCUUCUUCAAGGAUAGGAUUAAUUGUGAGUGCUCUUCUUCAUCCUUCUCUUUGUAUGGUUGCUAA